AUGGCGUUUGUGAUUGCACCCUCAAGAGACUUCUCGGGUGCUUUGCCAGGCAAUUAUCUUGGCCUCUUCAACAUGACCAGCAACGGCAAACAAUCCAACCAUGUCAUCGCAAUCAAGUUGGAUUGCUUCCAAAACAAGGAGUUCGAUGACAUUGAUGACAACCACGUUGGUAUCGAUAUCAAUGACUUGAAAUCUAUUGAAUCUGCACCUGCUUCUUAUUUUAGUGAUAAAGAGAAUCAGUAUGUGAACCUAAGCCUCGGUAAUGGGCACCCGUUGCAACUCUGGGUGGAAUAUAGUGGUACUGCCAGGCAGCUUAAUGUGACUUUAGCUCCAAUUAAGGUCACUAAACCAAGGAUCCCACUCUUGUCCUUGGAAAUUGAUCUUUCUCAGAUCAUCCUGGAUCAUCCCAUGUUUGUGGGCUUCUCCACUGCUACAUACACUUUGCCAACAUCCCAUUAUAUUUUGGGAUGGAGUUUCAAAAUGAAUGGGGAAGCAAGAGAACUCACUCUCUCCCAACUUCCUAGGCUUCCUCGAACACAUAAAAGGGUACCUAGGCUUUUUAUUGUUCUAUUUGCUGUGAUAGGUGCUACUUUAGUGUUCAUCUCGAUCUUCUUCAACAUACAAUUUAUUGUAAAACGGAAGAACAAGUUUGCUGAAAUGCUUGAAGAUUGGAAACGCGAUUAUAGACCUUACAGAUUCAAAUAUAAAGAUCUUUAUUUUGCCACCAAGGGGUUCAACAACAAAGAGCUUCUUGGAACCGGUGGCUUUGGUAGGGUCUAUAAAGAAUGGGAACAAGUGGUUGUUCACAGAGACAUAAAGUCCAGUAAUGUGUUAUUAGAUAGGGAGCUAAAUGGAAAAUUGGGAGACUUUGGGCAUGCAAGAUUAUAUGAUCAUGGAACUAAUCCUCAAACUACCCAUGUAGUAGGGACACUUGGUUAUCUUGCACCAGAACUUUGUAGAACUGGCAAAGCCAUAGAACCAGAAGCAUCCGAAGAUUGUAAGGUGCUGGUGAAUUGGGUGAUCUCUUGUUGGAGUAGGGGCAAGAUUCUUGAUACUGUUGACCAAAAAUUGGGGAAGAAUUAUGAUUUGGAGGAAAUGGAGUUAGUGCUAAGACUUGGAUUGCUUUGUUCUCACUCCAUUCCAACUGAAAGGCCACAUAUGCGACAAGUUAUGCACUAUUUGAAGGGAGAAGUUUCUCUACCGAAGCUGAGGUUGCUUGGUCUACAAACAGGCAUCGAUGACACAAAUUUUUUGCCUUCAACAGGUUGGAGCACAAUGACUCGGUCGUCGUCAGUUGCAGAAUCCAUACUCUCUGAAGGUCGAUGA